AACUCCCACAAUGCUGUGGGUGUGUACCGAGGAGAAAGAAUUGUCUGUAUGGCUGGUAUGGGGCAAAGAUGAACUCUGUGGCGUGUCGCAGUCGGUGUUGGUGGUCCCUUGUGGCCAAAGGACGGUUGACGGUGAACUGUAGCAUGGUGCUAGGGGCAAGAGGGAAAAAUACUAAGCCGACCGAUACCAAGAACAAGCCUUUGAAGCAGUGGACGCUGAUCGUGAGCCCUCUAGGCAGCCUUAGAGUACGACUGCCCUGCAAUGUGAGGGUGAGACCCCAGGACCCCCUCGCCUAUCCAGAUGCCGACAGGGUGUUUGUUAUGGUCAGUGGCGUGGACCGCAAUGUUCACCGGGGGCUGGAUCUCGACAACAUUGAAGUCAAGUACAAUGAAGAGUCCAGGCAGGUGCUGAUCUAUUCAGAGAACAUUGACAGCCAGACCUGCGUGGAUGUCACUACUCCUGUGCGCUUUAAUGUGAACAUCAAGACUUCAGGCACUGGUAGUGUAAACGUUAAACAAAUUGAAUGUGACAACUGUCAGAUAGAAACCGAGAAAGGAGACAGCGUUCUUCAUGCUGUCAAGGGCCACAAUGUCCACAUAGUAACCAAAGGAGGCAAAGUGAGAUGCGUGGGUACAGUCCAUGGAAAUGUAGAUAUUCAGGCUUCAUCUCACAGUACUGUAGAUAUUGAGAAGUUGCUGGGAAAUUCCAUAAAUAUUUGCACAGAAGAUGGCCGUUUGAAAGCAAAGUACCUUUAUGCCCAAUACUCCUCAAUGUCCUCCACUGCGGGAGAUAUUCUGCUAGGAAGUACCCACGGUGACACAAAGCUUCAUACAGAGAGAGGAAAUAUUACAGUAGAUUCCUCUGAUGGGUGUCUAACCGCAUCCACUCACCAAGGAGCCAUAGAUGUUUACGUCAGCCAAGCUGGGAAGGUACAUCUGAAAUCAGACCAAGGUAGCAUUACUGUCAAAAUACCCGCAACACUUCAGGCUUCCUUACAGCUUUCUGGAGCCAAGGUCGAGGUCAGCCCUGAGGUCCACUUACAGGAGAUCCAGAACACUUCAAGAGAGGACCAGGCAACCGUAACAGGAUCUUUGAAUUUGGGAAAUGAAAAAGAGAAGUUAAUUGAGGCUGAAGCUAAACGAGGCACAGUUUCCCUUAAACAACAAGACUGGCUACAAUCCCUAAAACUUCAAACAACCUGAGAUAUUCAAACCUUUACCAUACUACUGUUCCAGUAGUACCGACCUCUGUUCUAACCACUGCAACGAGGAAUUACACGAUUCCUAAAUAAUCAUUUUAUUAUGGGGUGAAUCAAUUUUACUGUAUUUUGAGAAGGUAAAAAGAAAUCUACAAGAUUUAGGAGUAUAAUUAGACAACCGCCAAAUUUUACAGCGCUGCUUUCCGAAAAAUAUCAAAGAAUUGAAAAGUACAUACAGUUAUGUGUUUGACAGAGAGGAAAUACUGUACAGCAAUGGACCAUUCUCCUCUGUGUCAAGUGAGCAAGGGUUACAGAUACCACCAUCGUGGCUUUAAACUUUAGGAUCUGUGUUGGGGAUGUUUUUAAACUUGAAAGUGUACAUUCACAGGCAGUGUUGCUACAGUCUCCUGGCAGUUCACAUCUCAAUGUAAUAAAUUAGCACCUGGAAAGUUUCCUAAUGCCCCGUGCCUUCUGUCAACUACACAACUGGUUUUGUGCCACCGUGUAGUGCUUAUUUUUAAACCUAGGAUAGAGUUAUAUCCAUCUUUUCAGGGAUCUGGCAGUGCAACCAUUUAAGGAGGGUAUUUUAUCCAGCUGUUAAUAAAGCCAACCCAAUAGGAAUACCCAGCCUGAAGUAACUCUUUUGUGCACCUUAUAGAUCUUUUAAUGAAAAACAGUUCUUCCAAGUAAUAGGUCAUGGGAAUAGAACAAUAAUGCAUUCUGUGCCUUUGGCAGUCAUUGUAGUGUGUUUGCUGUUAACAUUUGUAUUAUUUCUUCAGACUGGUAUGUUAAAUGGUUAUCCUACGGCAUUCUAUUACUUGUUUUACAAAUUGUUUUCUUCUAAUUAUCUUAUAACACAAGGUUCUCCUUUUUUAUAUAUAUGUAUAAAAAACAUGUGCGGUUUGUCACAGCGCAAUAAAUGCUAACCACUAAACGGUAUAAGAUAACACACCAGGAAACGUGAGGCUGUAGAUAUUGUAGCUUGCAAUAAAAGUUAGAACAAA